CUAUGAUGAUCCAAAAUAAUGUUCAACAACAGUACCAAUCAUCAACAUCAUCACAAAAUGUGCACAAAGACAAGCCAGAAGAACAAGAGCAUGAUCGGGAUCUAGAUCUAGAUCAAGAUCAGGAGCAAGAAAAUAACAAAGAAGAUAGUCAGAACCAGCUGUCAGACUAUGAAAAAUUACGCUUGAAGAGAAUAGAGGAGAAUAACCAGACCCUUUUGAAACUGGGCUUAAUUUCAGAGAUGAGUGAAGACUCUGAUGAUGUGAUUCACUAUGAAUCUAUGAUGAGUAAAAAACCUCUAGAAAAUGCACCUCUUGUGCUAGUAAUGGUGGGCCACCAGCCCAUCGAGCCUCGUCAAAUUGGAUUAUACCGAGAGACGAUUGUACAAAUUGCACUGGAAGCAGUCAAGAAGUUAGCCCCACUCGGAAUGUUGAUCAUUGGAACCAAAGAUAUUCGCCAAAAAGACAACGGGAAACUGUGGCCAAUGUCAAUGCUAGUGUUGGAAGAUAUUGAGCGAGCGAUCGACAGAAGUGUAUUGAAGCUCAAGGAGAUGGUAGUCACCGUCCCAGAAGGUCACUCAAAGGAUCGUCAGCAGAAGAAUCUCAACACCGAAGUCGAGGAAGAAUUAGAAAUAGUAGAUGAACAUUUGACAAUUGUACAUGCUAUCUAUUUAGUGUUUCAACGCAUGUAA